AUGGCCAUACCUCCGGAAGUAGCAAAUGAUGCCCUGAAUGCCACACUCGCUGUCGUGCAAUCACUCAUGAAGCGCUGCAUCAAGGUGAAGAAGGGUGAUCCCGAGGCCUUAAAGCUGUCGGACGAGAUUGCCAGGCGUGUGACAUUCGACACAGGCAAAAGACUUAAAACUUUACAGUGGGAAUGCUACAUCAUUCUCCCCACAGCUACUCUCAUUUGCUGCCAUUGUGAGACAGCAAAGGGCGGGGCCUUUGAAAACGUCCCUGACUGGACCUCUGUCGCCAAUGACAACCCUCGGAUAAAGAGCCACCCACGAUUCGAGAAGACCGUGGACUAUCGCCCCCCCUCCACAUCUAACAUUCCCACCAUCACGACAUCGACUGAUAUUCCUGCCACCGUCCCAAUACCACCGGCCCUCAUUGUCCUGCCAUUGACUCCCUCGACUCUGCCAUCUAUGCCAUCCCACACGGACCUGGAUAUCAUCGCUAAGCCAAACCCGCCCCGUGUCGGUCGUCCAGCACAUCCGCCCAUAAGAUACCGCCACCUGUACAUGCCCAAAGCUGAGAGGGAAAAGUGGAAGGUAGGUUUCCCGGCUGGCGAUAGCAAGAAGAGGAAGGUGGAAGAUGAAGAUAUUGAUGGGACCACCAUUGCCAAAAAGAUGAGGAAGGUGAAGUCCGAUGUCGAAAAAGAGCCAACUGGAGGAGUCAUCCAUGUGAAACGAAGGGAAUUGCCGCCUGUCGCUACUGACAAGGACGUUCUGCUAGUUGCAGACAAGGAUUUCCUGGAUGCAGAAACUCGGCCUGCAGAAUGGGGCUCGGAUUCUGAUGUCGCUACUCCUUGGCAGUGCGACAAGUGUGCCAAGUUGGACAUAGCCUGCCUUGUCCUCCCCGACAAGAAAUUCGGGUACACACGCCUCGCCUGCGCCAAUUGCGACAACAUGAAGAUCGCGUGUGCAAUUGACGGUGUUGGUGUCCGGCAGAGGUUGCAAGCAUUGCUGGUAGCAAAGGGGCAGAGCGAAAGCCCACGGAGGUCCUUCCAGGUCCGGCUCAAAUGCAGCCGGAACACUGGCAAUCACCUGCGCCCACCAACCAGCUGGAACCAGAGCCCACCUGCAAGAGAAAUCUUGCAGGGCAUCCAGGACCUCGGUCGGAGGUUGGAUCUCCUCGCCGCCAAUGAGCGGGUAGACGCGUUGGAGGUCAGAGUGGGUUCAGUUGAGACCAACCUGCUUCAGUGGUUGGACGAGUUAGAGCAACGGCUCAACGAAUCUGAUGCCCGGUGGAAAUCUUUGGAAUCCCUAGGAUAG